AAGACAAGUUAUUCUCGCGUGCUUCUAUCUCCUUCCCUUGCCUUCGCCGGACAUGGCCACCGCGAUCCUCCGACGAAACCCUAACCCUAACCCUCGCCGCCUCUCCGAUCCCGACCACGGCCGCCCCCGCCGGCGGAAGCUCAGCCCCGUAUCGGUCGCCUCCCGCCCCCCCGCGGCGGCCCCGCCGUCUUCGAAGAACCUCGAGAUGGGCCAGGUCAAGAUCUUGAAGCGCGGCGAGCCCCUGACCGCCUCCUUCGCGGCGGCUCCCCGCGGCUGCGGCGGCGGCGGCGGAUCCCCCGGUCUCUUCCCCCGCGAUGCCCUCGCGGCGGCGGCGGCGGUGGCGAAGGGGGGGAGGAACAAGAGGGGCGAUCCCGACCUCGGGCUCGGCUCCAUCGACCGCCUCGGGCCCGACCCCGAGGUCGUGCAGAGGCAGAUCCGGGUCGGGGAGUUGCCCGGCGUCUACGCGGGUCCGGGGAUGUGCGUGUCGUCCCCGCCGCCGAGUUCUGUCCCCGUGCCGUGCUUCCUGGGCAAGAACGACCUGGCGACGUGCGGCUUAAGGCGGCUCCUGGGGCUCCACUUGUCGUGAAUUCGAGGGAAAACUCGCGUGGUUUCGGACACUUGUGGCGGAUGUGGCGGUGCCUGUGAGUUCCGCGAAUCGGAUGGAUGUGUUUCCGCUGGACAUUUACUUGUUCGAGAAUCAAAAGGGCUCUCCUUUAUCUUUUCAACAGGAAGGGGCUUUUGAUUGCAAGCAAAGAGGAGGUUGUUGAAGAUGGAAGCUUGGUAGCCUUUAUGAUAUUGAGGGAAGUCGAGAUCAUUGAUCAGGGAACAACUUGAACGGUUGCUUCAAGGGGUUAAAGAUAUGUUAAGUUUAGAUGUGUGUAUGUGGAUCUAAUACAGAGUAUUUAUUGCAGCCUGUGUGGUCUAUAAGUCUAAGUAUUGGUCUGCAGAAUUGUUGGUGUAGGCAUUAGCCUACCACUUUUACAAAGAAAUAUUGGCUAACUUAUGAUUAUAUGUAAUGGGUAGGUCUGAUACUAAGUAUCCGUUGCUUCUAUGUAAUACAUCAGUUUGAUGGAAUAAAGUUUAUGGUGAUGAUUUAUUA